AUGCCACUUCCAACUCGUGAAUUGGGUAAAACUGGAGUCAAAAUUCCGUCAAUUGGUUUAGGAUGUAUGGGAAUGAGCGAUUUUUAUGGGAAAUCUGACGAGAAAGAAAAUAUCAAUGUAUUGAACAAAUCAAUCGAAUUAGGAAGCUACUUUUGGGAUACUGCGGAUAUGUAUGGAAAUGGAGCUAAUGAGAUCCUUUUGUCAAAAGUUCUUAAGGAACGUCGUAACGAAAUAUUUCUCUGCACCAAAUUCGGUGUCAUUCGAACUCCUGAAGGAGAAAUUACAGGUAUAAGAGGCGAUCGUGAAUUUGUUCGUCAGGCUUGCGAACAAUCUUUGAGAAGGCUUGGGAUAGAUUAUUUUGAUCUUUACUAUCAAAUACGUGUAGACCCAAAUACUCCCAUUGAGGAAACCGUUGCCGCUAUGGCGGAACUCGUGAACGAAGGCAAAGUGAAAUACAUUGGACUCUCGGAAUGUUCUGUAGAAACACUUCGACGCGCUUGCAAAAUUUAUCCAAUAGCCGCUCUACAGAUUGAAUAUAGCCUAUGGACACUUGACAUUGAGACAAAUGGUAUUAUGGAAGCAUGUCGCGAACUAGGUGUUAAAAUUGUGGCUUAUAGUCCGCUCGGUCGUGGAUUUUUGACCGGAAAAUAUAAGUCAAUUGAUUGUUUUGAACAGAAUGAUUAUAGAAGGUCGAGUCCACGUUUCAUGCGUGAUAAUUUUAACAAAAAUAUGGAAAUUGUUAAAAAAUUUCAGGAAUUCGCCAACAAGAAGGGUAUCACGUCAAGUCAACUUUGUUUAGCCUGGGUGUUAGCUCAGGGAGAUAACAUUGUUACUAUUCCAGGUACAAGGAAGACUGAAUAUUUAAAAGAGAAUGUUGACGCAGCUAAAGUUCACCUUUCUCCUGAGGAAUUAUCUGAAAUUCGUAAGGUCAUUAAUUCUAUUGAAGUAUUUGGUCACAGAUAUCAACCCGAAGCUAUAGCUCAAACAUUACCUUCAGAUAUCACACACCGUACUCACCAUUUUCGUAUAUCGAUAUUAUUUCCUGGCGAGUUCGUCAAUAAUUUUUGUAUUGAAGACGAGUAUCCUGUAAAUUUGAAGCUUCGUCAAGUUUCAAUGAUAUCAAACUUCACAAAGAGAUAG